AUGGCGACGAUCCAGGCCCGAUCACGGAGUGUUCGUAACAUCGUCACCAUUCUGGAACGUGGCAAGGAAGCGCUGGCAUACUCGUUGAUGGCGGAAGUUCCGGAACGCAGGAGUGCUUUCGUACGAGCCAUCUCGGUGCUGUUGGAGCAGUACAAUCUGAAUGGUGUAGAGAUUGCUUGGGAAUGGCCAGGAUCAACCGUCACCUUCGGAGGUAUCUCAAGGGAUCGCGAGUCACUCAUCUCACUGCUGACUGACCUGAAGGCUGGGUUGAGGGGAACGGGCAGGGAAAUUUUCUUCUUUGGGACAAUCUAUCCGAAGGUAUUGCGUGAAUCGUAUCGUGUUACGACCAUUUGUCAGUUGGUGGACUUUGUGACGUUGUACACGUUCGAUAUGCGUCCACAUUCGAACAAUGUCGUCGAUGUGCACGCACCGAUGCGUAAUCGAACCUUCGAAAGGGACACAAAUCGGGCGAAGCAUAAUGUGGUUGAAGGCACGGAGACAUGGAUCGACUUCGGUUGUCCACCGAAGAAGCUCAUCCUUGGCAUCGGGCUGUUUGGUCAGGCAUGGACACUGGCCGAUCCGGGGUCUUACAAUGUUGGAGCAAGAGCAACGGGUCCUGGUCAGGAAGGAGAGUACUACUACGGUGGAUACUAUCCUUUUUACGAGCUAUGCCUACUGCUGCGGAGUGGUUGGACCGGUUUCUAUGACUACGUCGCCGAGAUGCCCUUUGCCGUGCGGGGCAACCAGUGGAUGGGUUUCGAAGACACACGUUCGAUCAAGGUGAAGUUGGAUUUCAUGAUCGAGAAGCGCCUUGGCGGGAUUGUGUUGCAGUACGUGGAUUAUGAUGACUUCUGGGGUUUCUGUGGACAACGCAACUCGAUGACGAACUACAUCUAUCAGCGUUUGCAGCAGAUUCCUUCUGAUAUAGGGUUCGCGAUCGAGCGGAGUUAA